AUGGUGUUCUUCCACUUUGGUCGAAGCAAGGACCUUGGUGGUAACGAUUAUUUCAUCUAUAUCGGCUCCAAGACCAAGGCUUGUUUGUCCAAUGGCCUACUAAGGAGACUUCCCCACAAGCAGAUUGACACUAUCAACUCUCAGCGCGUGCAAUGGUUUGCUUUCAACCAGGAUUAUGAGUGGUUCAGCGCCUUCAACAAGAGCGGUGGCUACCUGGGAGGCUCAUCAGCUGGUGAGUACAUCGAUCCAGAUUGA